CCUGAGGCCUGGCCGCUGCCUGCUGCUCACACCAACCUGGAAGCCCGGAGGGAAGCAGGAAGGCUGCGGGUCGGCCUGCGUGGGGCACCCCCAGCUCCUUCACCUCUGCGGGGGCAGAGGCUGAGUCUUUUCCCCUCUGGGGCGGGGGAAGAUGUGCUGAGCUCCUUCCACCUGUGCUGGCAGCAGGACAUGGAGCAGGCACAUGAGACACUGCACCAGAAGCCCAUUUGCUAUUAAAAGACCAAUGGAGAGGGAUGAAAAUGUGACUAGUAAAAGAAAAUUUCCAUAAGAGGAGUGGGAGAUGGAUAUGAAAAGAAGGCAAAACAACGGUGGAUAGAAAAGAAAAGGUGAAAGAUAAAAGCUAGAGACUACAUGCUGAGGAAGCAAUACUUUUUUGUUCCCAGUUGUUAAAUCUGCUAUGUAAGAGAAGAGAACCCUGGAGGCCAUAUCGAAAUGGAACUAAACUGGAACCUUGGCAGAGUCUUCCAUCCAGGUUCAGCCACAGUCCGGGUGACUGAUUUGAGGUGGCAAGGUCUCCUGAAUCCUAGCCCAUUGGUUAAAGAUGAUGGAGAGCUACUUAUGGAUGAAUACCUUUCCCCCAGUAAACUGAAAGCGCUGACAGGGGUAGAUGAUCUGCAGCAAGUAAAGGCCCUAGAGAUGCGUGUGGACACGAGAGAGAACAGCUUGGGAAACUUUGGUGCUUAUCUCCCUAAUCUAAGACAACUGAAAUUGAACAACAGUUUACUUGUAUCUGUGAGGGACCUUGGAAGCACAUUGUCUCAUCUCCAAGUAUUGUGGAUGGCUCGCUGUGGGCUCACAGAUUUAGAUGGAAUCUCUUCCUGCAGCUCUUUGAAAGAACUCUAUAUAGCCUAUAACAAUAUUUCUGACCUGAGCCAAGUGAGCUUGCUGGAUCAUCUUGAGAUUCUGGACCUGGAAGGAAACAAUAUUGAGGACAUCAACCAGAUUCAGUACCUGGGACUCUGCGGCAAACUGAACAGUCUCACCGUGGAGGGGAAUCUUAUUUGCCUGAAGCCAAACCCAGAGUCUUCAGAGGUGCCAGAUUAUAACUACAGAGCUGAAGUGAAAAAACUCAUCCCUCACUUAAAGUAUUUGGAUGAAAUACUAGCAAAUCAAAUCACCAUCCCUCCCUCCAGGAAGAUGAACAAGGACUGGCUAAUUGUCAAGGAGUCCAUUAAGGAGGGCAGUUUAGCCAAAGACAUUUCUCGGUUUGAUGCUCAUCCAGAGGCAACAAGAAGAAGACCUGGCUCUGGUCUGAGACCGACUACAGCUCACUUCAUGUCAGCUUCCAGACCCUGGACUGCACAGAGGCCUGCUAGUGCAGGGAGAUCUAGCAAUGUCCAUUUGCUAUCCUGUGGUAGCACCCUUCCAGACUCCACUGUCUCUGAUGAGAUAUUCCUAGAAGAUGACUCCAGUGACUUGACACAUGGAAUCAGCCGCGUUAUAUGUGGGAACCCUAUCAAAGCCCUUCGUGCACGGAGACAAAAGCUAGGUUCUGUAGCAAUGAACCCUUUUCAAAUGCCUAGUCCCAAGAUGGAGCACACCUAUGACUCUGAAGAAGCUGAAGAUCUAAGCCGGGAAGAUGUCUUUACUGAACUGAGGGCAUGGAGAGAGCAGCAUAACCAGUGUCUGCAAAUCAUUCAGAUGGAGAAGGUCCCCCAGGUGCUGAAGAUACACAGUGAUGAGGAGGAGGAUGAAGAAUGCAGCAUGAGUGACAGCUGUGAGGAUGAGCUAAGAGAGACAUAUGAUGAGGACCUAAUUGAAAGGAUUUCUCCAGAUUCCUCCUGCCAGUCUCGUCUUUCCCAGUCCUCCUCAGAUUCAUCACAUGUCCAAGAAAGUGUCUUGCCCGCUAGUCUGAAUCGUUCUCUGGUACCUUCUCCUCCAAAGUGCCCCUCACCUGCAUCCAUACAGGGUGUUGCAGCUAGACCCUCAAAAGUGAGAGACAUCAGGGUCAGACGUCUGAAAGUGCCCAACCAGAAAGAAGCAGCUCAGCUGAAGGAAUAUCCCCAAUCAAGAGUUAGCACAGAAAUCGCAGCCCAGUUUGUGGGUGAAGAGAUUGCUAUUCUGAGUCUGCACAGCACACUUGCUGCAUGUGAGGCAUCGCCACUGAGAGCUGAAGGGAGGUAUUGGACCAGCGAGAGUGUUGGCAGGCAAACCAGGAGGCCUAUUUCAGGACCAGCAGCUGUUGGAUCAACAAGUGUCAGAGCCACUGUGGACAGAAGUCCCCCCAAAGUGAUCAACCAUCACCAGCCAGUUGUUCGCUCAUCCACAAAACCUCCAGAGAGGUUUGCGCUGAGGAAUGUGGUCCAUCCUCUGACUGCCAAGGCUGCCCUGCAGAGGUUGCCAAGCAGGCCCAGUGUCUCAACAGCUACUCAGAGCAAGAUGCCAAAGUAAUAGAAAAUACCCCAAGUAGCCGUGUAUGUUGGAGCUGAGUCGGACAAGCCCACAGUGCUCAGCUGGAGUUUGUGUUCCCCACACUUAGCACCAGCAGCGCUGAUGCUGUGUUCUGACUUCUUAUGAGAGCCGAAUACGUUGAUGGAGCUGCACAAGCAGAGCUGUUUGAACUAACAGCUUGAUUGGUCUCAGUUAAAGCUACAGCUGGUCAGAAAUGCUUGCUUGAAAAAGCACCUUCUAAUCAACUCAACAGUUGAUCAGCCUCUUAUUAAAUAAAAAGCAGCUAUUUGUAUAGUCUUUGUGUACUGAAAGGGACAAGACUUGGCACUUGGCUUCUCUGCAUUAAUCCCCAGCUAUGUUACUAGGGAGCCUGCAGUGAUGCCCCCCAGGAAGGGGAAAGUUUGCAGUCCCCUAGACUCUGUGCUUGGCAGCGGGCACCUGAGGGCUCUCAAUUUUCCCUCUUGCAUUCAGCCCGCAAAUACUCAUGCACGUGUCAGUCUGCUGUCAGCUAAACAGACUCAUUGCAUAUGCUCCUUGGAUUCUAUAUGUUCAACACACAAGUGGAACAACUGAAAGUGGAGGGGGGAUUGCUGCAAAGACCAAUUUAAAAUGAUUGUAUUGCAGAUGAGUGUACGUGUUCCCUACUUACCUGGGAUAGCAGAAGUCCAACAUGCAGGAAGUCUGUCUGAUUUUAGCACUAAUUUCCAUUCUCCCAUUGACAUUUAGCACUUUGAUCUGUUUCUAAUCUUUCAUUGUUCCCCUCAGCUCUAUGGCUAAGAGAAGGAAUACUGAAGAUGCAACUCAUUGGAACAUCAGUGUGUCAGUCUGCCGUGUCUCUGCUCUGAAGCAACUCUCAGCACUUCCCCAGGACUGCUGUUCUAUGACUAGACAUCCCAGGUCUGAAUUUCACCCAGCGACCUUUGUAAAUAAGUUUCAUUGGGUCCAGCUGGCUCCCUAGAAAACUCUGUCACCCUGACAUUUCAGAGCAAAUGAGUGACGAGCAAACAGACAUGCAGAAUCAAACAUUGCCUGUUUAUUCUUUCAGAGCAGUUACAUUUUCCAAAUGCAUGUGACUUAAUUAUUUUAAGUGCUUCAUCAGCAACAAUGAAGUGGGUAGGGAAGAGCAGCUCUUGUUUUCCAUAGGGUGUACAUUCUAUGUUGGGGUAAGAUUUAAAGCACUAUGAGCUGAUCUAAAUGAUUGCACACUGUGAUAUAGGUAAGAAUGACUGUGGUGUAUGAUCUGAGCAAUGUCAGGUGUUCUCAAACCAAGCAUCAGAAAAUCUUUUUUUUUUUCUACCUUCAAAUUAAUAUGUUGCAGAUAUUUUCUGGGAAACAGUUUAUAAUA